UUUCUGCUGGUGAUUCCGCGAAGAACAGUUCCUUUUAUUAGCUCCUUCCUUAUAUUGUACGCCGAAGAACAAAGUGCCUUUAUUCAUCAGUUCAAUUAGAACGUAAAUCCUUUUAUUAAAAUUGAAACAGUAAACAAUCGUUCGAUUGUUGUUUUGUGCUCAGGUUAAGUGUAUAUGGUGACAAACUUGCGUGAAUGAAUCCAGUCGAUUGUAGUGUGUCUGUGCAGGACUUUUCAGUUUCUGUGGCAGACAAAGCCAUCGAGCUGGCGGAGCAGACGAUUCAUGGCGAGUUGCAAGGCUCAGCGAUCUCAGUCACCAUAGAUGACCACUGGCCAGGACACAUACUCGUGGAGGGAACCGAUGAGUUUGGUAGCAGCGUGGCCUUCCUGGCUGACGAUAAUAUUCACGAUGAGAAUGCGGCACUCAGUAACGAUGGUGGCGGCGGCGUUGGCGGUGGUGGUACUGGAGUUGGGGGUGAUGGUACUGAUGUUCGUGACAAUGGCCCGGGUAACGGCCCCCCUCAGCCGACCAUCACAGUCAUGGAAGUGCAGCGAAUGGAUGAAUCGGAUGAGGAGGUCAAGAAGGCCGUCGAUCGGUACUACAACCAGCUGGAAAUGCCAAGCGGUUCAUCCGGAGAGGACGACGACGGCGCCGAUCUUGCCGCCGAUCCAGACAACGCAUUCCUCAGCAAGUAUCUGAUGCAGUACAAACUGGCAUCGAUUAGGCAAAACACCGCCGACGAUAUGCUGACCAUGGAGUCCGACAUGAAGGGCGGCAUCCUGCACGCCACCAUGCCGCCACAUCAUGCGUCCUCGUUGCACGGCCACUCGACGUCUCCGUAUGGGGCACUGGGAUCGCUGAGUAUGAUGAACAUUGGCCAGUCCCAGCUGGGUCAUCAGUCGCAGCAUCUGGGCCAUCAGCAGCAUCUGACGCACAGCAACAAUGGCAGCUCGUAUGGCCAGAGUCAUAACAAUCCACAUGGGUCACCGUUGCAGCCGAAUUCCGGACUCAGUCCCAACGGGCCAACGCAAAGUUCCCAGCAGCAAACGCCACCACAGACGGGACUGGUUGGUCAUCAUAUUACCUCGUCCGUUCAGAACCAUUCCCAUACGCACCUGGGUUCCGGUGGAGUGGUAAAUCAUAAUAAUAAUAACACUAGCAAAGCUGCCCAACAGAAUGCGGACCGUGUGAAGCGGCCGAUGAACGCCUUCAUGGUGUGGUCUCGUGGUCAACGUAGGAAAAUGGCCUCGGAUAAUCCAAAGAUGCAUAAUUCGGAAAUCUCCAAACGAUUGGGAGCCCAGUGGAAAGAUCUGUCCGAGACGGAGAAGCGUCCAUUCAUCGAUGAGGCUAAGCGACUCCGAGCGGUACAUAUGAAGGAACAUCCGGACUACAAGUACCGUCCGCGCCGGAAGACGAAGACAUUGACUAAGACCAAGGAAAAGUACCCACUCGGGGUCGGAUCGCUGUUGCAAUCUAGCGAAGGUAAUACGAUGAGGAAUACGAGUUCGAUGUCGGCAGCUCAACAAGCGGCAGCAGCUGCGGCAGCCAAUCGUGAUAUGUAUCAAAUGCCUCCCAACGGAUACAUGCCCAACGGAUACAUGAUGCACGAUGCGUCAGCGGCGGCCUAUCAAACCCAGCAGCACUACAUGAGCAAUUACCAUCGUUACGAUAUGGGUCAGAUGCACAAUGCGGCCUCAACGGGUUCACUGAAUUCGUACAUGAACGCGACCGGCUACGGAAUGUAUGGAACCGUGUCCGGAGGUCAAACGUCCCCGUACGGCCUACAGCAGCCCGGUUCACCUUACAGUACAAUCCAGCAGCAGCCAGGAUCUCCAUACGGCCUGAAUCAACCUGGCAGCCAAAUCUCCUGCCAAAGUCACAGUCCCAGCGAUUCCAGUGUGAAGUCCGAACCCGUAUCGCCUAGUCCUACGUCCACCAACAACAACCUGAUAAUGAAGCGUGAAUAUGGCCAACCCGGUGGACCAGAUCUGAGCCAUCUGAUCAACAUGUACCACGUGCCAGAUAUGCAAAGUACGGAGCACCAGCGGAAUCUAAUGCAGCACUACCAGCACAGUGUGUCGCCCGAUCUACAAAGCCAGCAGCAACAGGUCCUCCGGACGAUGGCACCGAUCUCGCACAUGUGAGACUUGGCCAGUUCCGUUGGGCUUCAGUCUACGUCCUCAUCCUCACCGGCGGCGCUGGCACCGCCUUUAUCGCCGGUGCUCAAUACCGGAACCGGACCACCGAUGUUCCAUCCGCCACCAACGCAAUCGUCCUCGUCUUCGUCUUCAUCGCCGCUCUCGUCCUAUCGUCACCAUCAUCAUCACCUUCAUCACCACCAUCUGAGCAACGGGGGUGGCAUUCAAAGCGGCAUCGGUGGUGGCGGUGGUAGCAACAGCAGCUGUAGUGGUCUAAGCCUUGGCCAUAACCUCAACGCUUCGUCGGCGUCACCGCCGGGAACCGACGGCGGCAACAGUAGUCUAGGACAUCAACUUCAUCACAUCAGCAACUGUGUUAGUACCGAUAGAACUAAUCAUCUAAUGGACAUAUCGCCUCUCUAAUCUUCACUCUAUUACUCCUUUAUCAUUUAAUCAGCUUGUCUUGCUGUCCAUUCGAUUGGUUCCGAUUAUUUAAUUUUUAUAUUUUUGCUGCUAUUGAUAUUCGAUGAAAUUGCGUGAACGUGUUGUUAAGUUUAUAAAAAUUCUCACUUUCUGAACCGGUCUCGCGCGGCCGAAUGGUUUCUAAUGUGUCCAGAAACCGGUUGGGCCUAGGGCAAUCCAAGAGAACAUGAAAAAAAAAACAAAAUCCACUGUGUGAUAUAACUAUUUUUCUUUGAACUAAACGAUGAAUUUUUCUUAUUUGUAUAUUUCGGGAUUCACUAUUUAGUAUCUAUUAGAAGAAGUUGAAUUACUAUUUUUAUAUCUUUCUUUAUUUGCUAAAUCCCUUUAUAUUUUAAGUGUUGUUGUUACUGAUUUCUUCUUUCCAAAUAAACUAAAAGCAACAACAAAAGAACUGAAAUAAAUUUACUGAAAUUAACGAGUAGAGCAAAACCCGAUGCAUUCUAAGUGUACAUAGUUUCAAGCACAGCCAUCAACAGUUCGAUUUCCGUUUAUUUUACUACAACAGUGACAAAGUGGCUCACCUUCCUUCACGCACAGAGUCUCGAUUUUUGUUUCCUCCAGGUUUGAAAUUUGACAUUCGAUAGCUAAUAAAGUAAUUGCAUUAAAAAAUAGAAGGAGUUGGGUUUGAAAAUAAAAAACUAAAAAUGCCGACGGCAAAAGCAUAGUGGCAAAGAUGAGAUCCAGGAUCCUAGCGCACCUAGUUGUGACGGUUUUUCGUUGUUAUGUGCAUAGUUAAAUUCAAAGAAGAAAACAAGUGCGUGAAACGCUUCGGUUGUGGUGACCAGGCAAGAAAAUAUUCCAUCUCGAUAAAAAUAUCGACCUACAGCUGACAGGUAAAUUGAAUUAAUUGCUAUUUGUUCAGCUAAAUUCCCUUUUGAAAGCCAGCUGAAGUUUGAAGUUCGGACUCGGAGCCAAGCGUGCUUUGUUCGUCCAUCAGCUUCGGCCGGGUCAGAUCUUUGGAAGUUUUUCGAUGAGUGUAGGAUUUUUUUUUUGGAAAAUCAUUCAACAUAAUUUGAGCCCUGAGAGGUGGAAACUUUUGUAAUUCUUGCUUGCGUGUAACCGCGCUGUUGCGCCCGUUCAGGAGAAUGAGGUCAGAUUGGGUGUCAGCUUUUCGAGGAGAAAUUCGCGGAAAAUUGUUUUCGAAGCAACCUUUUUCUUCGGGUAAGACGAGCGAGCAUUUAAAAUAAUUAAUUAGUGACCGACUCGGAGGCGGCUGGUCCGCAGUGAAUUGUUCCUCGAAGGUCGGUCAGGUCGGGGUGGUUUCGAGUGCCCUGUUUUUCUUAAGUUGAUAAUGAUCGGAAUACUUUUCGACUUUUGAGGUUCGGAGAGAAUCGUGAGUUGCACGUUCAGUUUCAAUCAUAUAACAGCAGUUUAAGCUACCGGUUGUAAUUGGGCUGGUGGAAAAAAAAAGGAAAAAAUAAGAAGAGGGAAAGCGAAUGACAGACUAAGACGACGUUAUAAUCUCACAUUUUAUGAUGAUUUCAAUUAAAAAAAACUGCGGUACGGGGACGGAGAUUUGAGCAUAAGACAACGAACCUUUGAUUGCACCAACCAGACAGUUCGAAGGACUGUAGGGGUAGAGACAAAAGAUGAUCGCAACCGAAGAAAUAACAACAGGGGUUUCGUCGACUGGCUCGGAAUCGAUCCUAAGUUUUACGAGUGACAAUUUUAUGAGCCCAUUAACGGCACCUCACUUUACUGGCACUGAGGGAUGAAAUUGUUCGAAAUUCUCGUUCCGAACCAUAAAACUUGCUUUAAAAUCGAUGAUUUCGUUUUUUUUGUCAAGCCAGCAAGAAAAGCGUCAUCACUUUGUCCUACGUUCCAGUGUGCUCUAAUUAAUGUGUGAACUAACAAAAACGAAUGUCGAUCGACUUUUCCAUAUCUGCGUGAAACUGAGUCGUAAAUUAAACAAAAUUGAUGGUAAUCCCUUCGGACUGUCGUUCAUCCUUCGGUGGCCAGAUCAGUAACAAAAAAUUACCAUAAGUAAUCAAAGUUUAAAUUGGAUCGCGCCAGCCAGCCAACCGAAUUUAAUCAAUUCGUGCCGGAAUUGAUGAGUCCGAGUUCCAAUCAGACUGUCGGCUAAUCGCUUUCUUCGUCCCAACUACCCAAUCGAAAGUUAACCUGCUGCCAUAAUCACUUCAUUAGACAAAAGCCGGCGAUCCUCGCUUGAUCAGCCUCAUCAUCGUCCCGCCUCGUCUCCGGGCGGUGGUUGAUUGCGGGGAUGGACUCCAAUUUGUAGUGUGCGCGCGCCCCUUUUUCUCUUCUAGCUAAAUCGGGAAAAGGGCGCAGUACCCGAAGCCGUCAUUAACCGUUGGUCGUCCGGCUUCUAGGAAGAUGGUAGCCCCCGAAUGCCAUGACGAAUGAGUGAUAUUUACCUUUUUCUCACAUUUGUUACUUUCGGUCCGGUUGCCCGGUCGGGAUUCUGUCCGGCGCGAGUUGCCGUGCUCGGGACGAUCCGAUGAUGGGUGUGCUUCAUUAGCCGGGCAUCUCCCGACGUUAAACGGCGACCGAAAUGACCGACUUCUUCGGACGGGCUGGACUGACUCCGUAUGCACCUCGGGAUUAUUCAGUUGGAAAAUUAAUUUCUUCACCGGCAGGCGAAAUUAUCUCUGGGAUUCAUUAGUGAUUUGAUUGGAAUCGAGGUGAGUUUGGUGUCGCGUGUGUUUCCGUGUGACUCGCUGGAUCGAGCGCACUCGCGUCCAAUCUGGAUAACUGGAUUUUGAGCUGUUUUGACUCGUUGGAAUGGUGUUGAGUUUUAUGUAAAAUUGGAAGCAUGAAUUGGCGACGACGUGUUGGGAGAAACCCAUAUCAAAUAUUUUCAAAUUCGAUUUGUUACUCCGUUAUGAUGCCUAAUAAAAAACGACUGAUUUUUGAUCGUCGUGCUCUGGUUGUGGGAACUGCCCAGCGUCCUGCGUGAAUAAAUCCAAAUUUUAGAGUUUACUGAUAGUUAAACUAGUAAUUCUAUUGAGAUGAAACAAUUACCAGGGAAAAUGCAUAACUAGUUAAAGUAAAAGAAAAAAGUUUUCUAAGUUCUAUGUUUUUUUUGUGCCAAGAAAAUGCAUUAAUUUAUUUCUAUUUCUUGUCUACAGUGUUCAAAAUUGACUUAAAACGAGUUUAAAAACAGAAUAAACAUAUACUGUUUAGAAUUUUUUCUAUUCAAGUAAAACGCUUUAUUAGUUCAGAAAUUUGAAAAAUGUUGUGAAUCCUCAGUAAGGUUGCUACCGGAUAACAUUACUGCUCUGAAAUUCUACCUCACAAUUUUGAAUGGUCAACAGGCUCCAAUUUGACAGGAUUUCGCUUCAAGAAUCUCCAUUUUAACCAAUCUUUUGUCGUUAGAAGAUCACUAAUCAAACAAAUUGCUGCAAUGCCUAUGCGUUCCGCUCAACUUUCACAAUGGACAGAGCUUAUACUAGCAUUGCCUUUUAGGCAAACAAAAAAUCUUUAGAAAUCUUUACAUAGACAACUAGAAUUUAAUGCAUUGCACUCAAAAUAGACAACAGCAGAUAAAACGCAUACGCAAAUUAACAUAUUUUAUCUUGAAAAAAAAAACAACUGAUUUGGUAAUAACUCUAUCAGUAGAUAAAAAUAUUGAACUAGUGUUUGUUUCGAUUUAAUUCCGUUUCAUAGACUGAAUCAUUCUAAUUCAGACACUUUAAGAAGCCUACAAGUAGUAGGCGUAAUACGUAUCUGUCCAAAAUAGUGAAAUUAAAGGUGAGGAUUUUUCGAAUUGUUACUCGCUAAUUCACUCUACUAAGUUGCUCAAUCAAUUUUAGACGUAAAACUAGAUAACACUAGUCACCUUUCUAUUCACAGAAAGACAAUUUGUAUGAAGAGUGAAAUGGAAGCCAAUACUAGUUAUGAUUUCUUGACUGUUUCAUAAAAACCUAACUACUCUGCAAAAACUUGAAAUACUGUAAAUUGCUGAUAAGAUGCAAAGCAAAUAAACCUGAUCGAAUAGUUUAAAAUAUCCGUCAUUCAAAACAAAAGCAUCGCAAAAAAUACUACGUGGAAUGAAAAGUCCCGGGUCGCUCACAAAAACGACGAGAAUAGUUUCAAACCGUGUAUAUUUUUGUUAAGAACAAGCCUCUAGAUGGCCCAAUACCAAAUUUCAUGACAAUCUAUCCACUAGUGUUUGAAUAACAGCAGGUCGUGUCAGACGAGUCUUAGUUUUCAUCAAGCUAUGGACAAAGACGCAUCAGCGCAUUCAUGCAUAAAAGCCGGUGAAAUUGAAUGAUUUGCGGUACGGAUUGGUCCAUCAUCCCCCGUAUUCUCCAGACCUGGCCCCCAGCGACUAUUAUCUAUUUCCAAACCUGAAAAGUACAUGGAAAAAAUUCAUGUCGUUCAUGCAUUUCUAUGAGAUUCUUGAAAAUGUAUUCGUCAUUAAAAUAUUUUAAUGGGUACGAAUUUUUGUUGCUGAAUUUAUAUAGUGCUCAAACACCUAAUGCGAAACAGUACGAGUUCGAAUCUGGUUACAAGAGUCUAACUUGUGUGUGAACUCUCUUGGCACAGAGAUCGGGUCUCUGUAGCGACGCUAGAGAUUUCGAUCGAAACGUAUUCUUUUGUUGUUUUUGGUGAUUAACUAGAAUAUGUAGAUCUGUUAUUGAAAUCUGGUAAUUAGAAAUAAAAAAUAAAUAUUUGUUCAUUUUCCAAAAAUUAAAAUAAAGAACAACCAGUUUUAAAUUUCACAUAAAUUAUAACAAGAAAAACUGACUGCCCCAGCAGCAUUUUACUCGGGUCUCAAACAUAGAAAAAAUAGAAUGAUAGCGAAUACUGAAAACACUAAAACGACUUACUGGGGAUAUGUUUGUUCCAGUUUUAGUUUUAUUAUAAAUCUCACAUAAAAAACUUUCAGCUACUUAAUUUGCUCUUACAGUUUUUCAGUUUUUCUUCUUACGAAAGAGAUAACCGUUAAGCGUCGAUUUGAGAUAUCAGAAUGAUUUUAAUACAUAAUUUUCAAAACGGUUUUUCCUUUCAAAUUUUUUAAGACAAAUCAAACAGUUUUGAAACUGAUCUUCAAAGUAUAAAUAAAAACGCAGACAAAUGUAGAGCCUAGUCAAAGUUGCAGUUGUUUCCAUUUUUCAUAUCAGUUGAAAUAAAAUGGAGUUGAAUUUCUGUGGCUGAACUCCUGUUGCAACGCGAACAUCAUAGCUGGUGGGAUCAUCGAUUAUUGCGGACAUUAUUCGCUGUGCACACAUAUAGGCAAAUGACUACUGAAUCAAAACAACGCCUGAAAUAGAUGACCAAGUAGUACACGUACAGACAAGCACAGAUUAAGCGUGUUACGACUUCUCGAUUUUGUAGUAUAAGUGGACGGUCCUUGAAUUUCAAAUAUGACUCGUAUUUUGUUCUAUUGUUCAUAUAUGUCAAGUUUAGUAGACGUAUAAUUUGUACGAUUUUUUAGUAUAUUUGAACAAGAGAAUUUUUUGACACUAAAAAAGCUUGUAGCUAGAAUUGAAUUUAUUCCUACUUUUCAACAUAAGUUCCAAUCGAAGACGAUGGACUCGUUCAAACGUGAAAAAUGUUAUUUUUUGCAGAAAAAUUCUUUAUUUGAAGACAAAUAAAUUCAGAAAUAAUUAAAGAAACUAUUUAUUCAACGGUUUAGAUGUAUCGAGUUAGUUCGUACACGAAGAAUGAAAGUUCUUCUUAUGCACGGAAGUUCUACACGAAGAUAAACGAAACUCUGUGAUCGUGACAGACGAAUUCAAACGUCUCAUGAAAUUGCAGUUUAAACAUAAAUGAAUUCUGAGUCGUUGUACAGAAUAUGGAAAAUUUCACUUAGAAAAUUUAGUUAUUUUCUGUCAUGAGUAAUCUUAAAGGGUUCUAGUUUAUUGCACAAUUUUAGCCAAAACUUUGUUCGAAAUAAAUCUAAAAUUUCCUUGUCACUAUAUUAUAAAAGUUUUUUGCUUCGACGUAAAGUCGCUGUAAUAAAGUUCAGUUUUUUUUUUGCUGUACCAAAGUUCAGGUUGAACGAAGAUACAUACUGAAAAGGUAAAUGAAUGGAAACCCCCAAAAAAGAUACACCCAAAGACAGAACUCGAACCUGCCUUCAACAAAUUUUUCUUGCGUGUAGGCAUCAUUCUCUAUCCUACAUUGAUGUAGCGCAUGUGCGAUUAUUUAUGAAUAUUGGUGGUAUAUAGCUAAAAAUUUAUUACAUUUUUGACACUAUUCAAAACUACAUUGAAGGUUCUAAUCUUGCAGGGUUGACGACGAAUAUUUUUACUGAAAAUCCUGUUCAAAAUAGUAGCUCUUGGUUUUGGUUUAGACUAUUUCUCAACCUUUACUUACUGUCUGUAAAUGUUACUAUUUGCAGAAAAAAAAUUCUUCAAUAUGUAUUCUAUCAUUACGAUAGUAUUUACUUCCACAUUUUAUUUCCUGGCCGAUGAUAGUUGGAAUCGAUAAAAAUCACGUGAGAUUCUUAGGCUGGGAUCCCGAUCAGCAAGCAGUAACAAAUCUAUACACUGAAAAUUGAGUUUCCUUUUUUUUGAGGAGAAAUCCCUCAUUGUCGAGCUCUUCUAACCAAAAUUUUUGGUAAAUAACCGAUUACUCUUUUUGAGUUCAUAGUGGUUAGUAACUGAAUCGUUGUCUACUCAAACUUCGACUUGGUCGCAAAAAAAUAGGUAGCGAGCAUUGCCAAAGUUGCCAUGACAACACUUUGGGUAAUCUUACAUUUACCUAAACAUUGAGGUGAUCGAUCGUUAUGUAAUACGCUAGUUACCUAAAAAUUGCGGAGAUGCACUUUAGUUGAUUUUAGGUAGGUUCCGAUCCUAAGAUAAGGUCAAACAGAAUUGCGCUUCUGUUUCUUAGUAGAAAAACGGAUAUGUUUAGUGAGCUAAAGCGCUUCUUGGUUCAAGUCGCCAUCACUACUGAUUUUCAAAAUACACAACUUUACAUGAUCUUGAAUGUGAAAUUGCGUGAAAUGUUUAACUCCAUUUAUGUACAUCUCGUGAAAUUAGGAAAAUUACAUGACUUUUUCGAACAGUAAAAGUUGAAUGAAUAGUUAGUGAAGCUCGAUAACCGUCGUUAUAGAACAAAACAGUUCCACAUUUUGUUAUUUAGUUGUUGAAAAUCCCUCAUCUAUUCGUUUACUAUCAUAUCAUAAUAUUACGGUUUUUGUUAGGCUCAGUGAGUAAUUGAAAUAAAAUGAUUUUUUCUUUUCUAGACGCAAUAAAUUUGUUACUUGAAAAUUUAGGAAUUUCGUGUGAUCCCUUGCUCAAACACGUAAAUUUUUCUGAUUCGAAUGGUUGUCUAGAACUCCAAUGGAUAGAAAACGUUAUAUGAAAAUACACUCGCGUGUACACAUGUUUGACAAAUAAGUUGCUGAAUGAACUAAACUUUGGUUGUUGGGAGGUUUUUCUUUUCGUUUACUGGAUAAAAAUGGACCGAAUGAAAGAUUAACAUUUACUCUAAAUAAAGUAAACAUCAGUAGAUCAAUGAAUACACUUUGGAGUCCGUGUAGAUUCAAGUUCCAUUAUCAUUGAGCUCGAAAAAGCCGUUCGAAUUUAAGUUCCAUAGUUAGUUCUCUAGUGUAAACUAGAGCUGAUUGGAUUCGACAGCAGGUUAGGCUUUAGGAUCAAAUAUCUGACAACCGACUAUUGCUGUGGUGAACUCAAUUCCGUUUAACCGGCGAUCGACCGUUACUAGGUUGAAACAAAAAUUUCGUUUUAUCCAAACUAGUUUCAACAGUUGAACCGAUUACGUUUCUUGGUAAUUCAACAUAACUCUCGAUGAAUUUCAGCAGUUGAAAAACAUUAAAAACCCUAUUACAUCGCAGACUCCACAACUGACGGAAAUAAUGAUUAUUGCGUACUUUGUUUACUGUACGCAUAGAUAAGCAAAUGAAUGCUGAAUCAAAAUAACACCUGAAAUAGUUGUACGAGUAGGGAACGUACAAAUAUGUACAAGUUUAAACGUGUUACGACUUGCCGAUUUUAAAAUACAAGUGAAAUGAUGCCGAGUUUAGGUGGGUAGUUUUAUAUUUGCGUAUCGAAUGAUAUUUCCAGUUUUUUUUCUACAAUACUAAUUGGACUUAAAUUAAAUUAUCGAACAAAAGUACUACAUCUGUUAUAUUCCUCUUCCAUGAACAUAAUUUAUGAUCAAAUCCUCGACUAAAAUUUCGAGCUGUGUAACUCAUGGUAUAAACGCAACUGCUAGUUUUCAAGCCUAAACUGAAGCAGCACAGUUAAAAACAAAAUCUGAAACGGAUUAGACUAAUAGGCUGUUAUGCGAACUGGGACUUAAGACGAGACACAAACCACUUGUAUCUAAUACCUGUUAUUUAAAAUCACACCCUUCGUGGUAUAAGUUUCCGAUGGUUUUGGACAUCGAGCCCAUCCAAUAAAAUACUGUAUCUGCAGGUCGGAUAAUCCGUAUCAAUAAAAUCUACAUUUUAGUGGUUUUGUGAGCUGUGUAGACUAUUGUUCGAAUGGAAUCUUACAUAUAGUUGGUAUCCAGUUUUUUUGGUUUGGAAGACUUUCAAAAUCACUCAAUUUUGUCCUGGUACUAAACUACGUGUAUAAAUAGGAUUCAGAAUUCGCUCUAGCUAAUGUACGGCAGGUGAAUGAAAUGCUGCUGGUUGUGAAUGUCAAUCGAAGCAAUCGUGCAACCGAUGAAUUAAGUUUCCAUUUGUUUCAAUAUUCGCAUGCUGUGACCAUGCAAAAGAAGUACUAAUUUUUGGGCAUAACCAAAAGUCGCGGAAGCUUUUGUUUUUGAUUUUUGGUACUAUGCUUUUGACAUUUGAACUGUGCUAAGCCUUGAAAUUAGGUGAUCUUGAUGUUGGAUUGCUUCAUUUUUGCCUUUGGAACUAAAACACUUCCAUUUAAUGGUGUUAAUGAAAUUAUUUAAAAAGGGAUCAAUACAUCAAGCACAAUAAUUACCAUGUCCAUCACGCAUCUAUCAACAUAUUUUGACAAGAAAAAAAAUCUGUCAGAUCGAAAAAUUGAACACAUCUCCCAAUCCGUCACGGUGGUACAAACAACGGCCCGAAGCCUCGAAGCCCGAUAGAUUCAUCAGUUUUUUUUACACUACAGCUCGAAUCAUCUUUCUUUCUAAUCCUUUCCGCUCAUUUGACCACCGCAACAAACAACCGACGGUGGUUUCAGUGUUUUCUCGUUUUGCUCUGCCGACGGCGUCGAAAAUCUUCCAGUAGUUUUACCACGGAACAGCUUCAUCGACAGUCAGUCUCGUACGCCGGCCAGGAAGAAAAAAAAGAUCGAAAACCCCAAUAGAGAAAUCUAUCAUCUUUAAGAAAAAAGACCUGCUCCCUCCCUGCGUACCACCGCUCGCCCGCCCUCGAUGGUGGGUCUCAAGAUUUUCAACUCAUUUCAUAACGAAAAGAAGAAAAAAAACGAAAUAGCUACGGUUUGAAAAAAUAUUAAGACGUCUUGCCCGUUUCUGCUCGGUUAAAAUAAAGCAUCCAUCCAAUCGUGUUGUCUACGUCCCGGCUUCUGCGCCGUUUUCUUUCGUUCGAAACCCCGAGAGGGAUGAGCUUCGCUAAAAGUUUUCUGGGAUAAUUUAUUGAAAAGUUUUCAUCUUCGUUCCAACGAAGAACUCGUUCUGGUCCCGUUCGCCACCCGUCGAGGAAUGAUGAGCAGAAGCGUCGGCGUCAAACGAUUCCUAACCUGUGAGAGAGAUAAAACCUCGAGACUCUGCCAAAAUUUUCACUUCCUCAGGGCUAGAAGCUUUUUCCAAGGAAGUGAGUUGUUUUAAAAGCCAGAAGAGAAAUAGACGAACAAAAAAAAAAUAGCUAAACGAACGUGGGAUGGCAAGCAAAAACAGGUUUAAACUUUUUAUCGUAAGAUGCAAACAAUCAAUACACAAGCAAACAAAAACAACAACAACAACAAAAAAUAGUGAGAGAAGAGGCAGAAAAUCAUGCACACACGUAUAAAAUAAGUGAAAAUAAAUCAAAGACGACAAAUUUAGCCAGUGCUCAUUUAAUUUAUAGGAAAGAUUAAAAAAGAAAAAAAAGAAACACGCAAGUGUGGUUGUAUAUUAUUAUAAUUAAUUGAUUAGUAACUAAUUGCUAUAAGUGAAAGCCGUCGAAUGCGCGCGAAUAGGAUAAAAUGGGCAAAGCACCGGUGGCUGUCACGAGAGGGGAUGUUAAGUGAAAUUAGCGUAGAAGUUUGUAAAUAUUGGAUAAUGUUUAGUUUGUUUUAAAAGCCCGUCCUCUUUCCGAUGGCUGCCUUGUUAUAGACGAAGCCGGAGCGCUUCUUUUAUCGAUGCUUGACGACAGAUUCAAACUUUUCUUGGCUCAUUUUUCCCAUCCCCGAUAUUCGGAAGUUCGGAGAUUAAAUGCGCGAGAACGAGAUUUGUUUUUCAUUCAGCAUUCUCCUAGAUUUAUUCCUGUUCGGUUGUUUAUGCUAGGCGAACGAACCUUUGAAAGGUUUCGCAGUUACAAUCAUUCCAAUUAUUUCCCACUCUAUAUCGAUCUAGGGAUUAUAGGGACUCCGCGUACCGCGACCCGGUAUGGAACGAGUGCGAAUUAUCUAAUUUAUCGAAAUAGUACACAAAUCUCCGGUUUGAGUUGUUCACCUUGUUUUCGAAUAGUAAAGCAAUUCUUCCGUUAGGCAAGUCGCGCAGCAGAAGCAGCAAUUUGUGAAGCACUACAUUAUGACAGCAACAAACAAAACAAAAACAACAAACAAAAACAGAAAAAAAUCAACAACAUGAGAACGAAGGCCAGAACAAACGACGUAAUUUGUAAAAAGUUAUAAUAGUAAUUAUGAGCAAAACCAAGUAUAGUGAAAGUAAAUAAAACAAAUUAAAUGAAAUCAGAGAUCAUCGGCACGAGUCACGUGAAAACGGGAAUGAAUGCAUUAACAGAAAGACACGCAACAGUUGUAUGAACAAAAAAAGAAGUGAUUAUCAAUUUAGUGUACUAAUUAUGCUACUAUUAUUUACACAUUACAACUCAUUCACGAAACAACCCGGCUUUACAGAAGACUAUACAACAAACAAUAGCCCAGUCGCACAGAACCAACUCUACACAACAAUAACAAAACAAAACAAAAUAAAAACAAACACGCGUAUAUGAUUUCAAGUGAUGUAUUAUUAUUAUUAUUAUUAUUAUUAUUACUCUUAUUAUUGAUGAUGAGCAAUGUAAUGUGAACAGCAAACAUGAUGAGAUGAUAACAAACAAGUGAAAACACGCUGAACAAAACGACAUUAUCUAUAAAUAUGUAUCAUAUUGAUGAAAUAAAAUCGAUAAAAAGAAAA